UUUCUUCUUCUUGUUCUUCAUACCAUUUGACGGACAUUCGAAUCUAGAAUUAAUCAGACGAAACAAAUUUUCUGUGAUGUCCGAACAACAUCUUUGAUAUUUUUAGUUUAUUUUUGAUAUUUUUUUUUAAUUUUGUGUGCAGUUUUACACGUUUAGAAUGUUAUUAACAACGAUCGUUAUUGAAUGAAAGCAUCGGCAGAAAUGGGCCGGAGCGAGGAGAUGGAGCCGGAGGAAGAGAAAAAGAAGCUGAACGAAGAGUUCGUGGAGUUCAUCCGUAAGCGCAGCGAGACUGAUGCUCCUCGGUACACCGCCAGGCUCAAGACUUAUGUCGACUUUCAGAGAAAGCGCGACCGUGCGACGGCCGCUCGGCGCAACCACACGGCCGGGCACCACGACAAGAUCAUGGCCGCCAAGAAGAAACCAGACGACGAACAGAAGGACAAGGGCCUCGAGAAUGCUGACCAUAUCAGUGGGGACAAUGAACGUUUGAGUAGAAGGCCGCUGAGUAGCUCGGAUGGCACGUCUGAAGGGUCCUUCCGUCCUCUGAAACCAAGAUCUGGUACCACUGACGAGGAACUUGACCCGUUUUCAAUAGAGCCCUUCGUCGCUACCGAAUUUGGACUGGGAAAAAUACGUGAUGGAGACAAGUGUUCUCGUGCUCGAUCCAUGUCGCGGUCCAGGUCAGGUGAGCCCCUGGACAGGUGCGGCCGACGCAGGAAGAAGAGACGCCGCUCGUGCCGGCGUCGCCGUCGCCGCCGCCGCCGAAGCUGUAGGCGUCGCCGCCGUCGCCGGAGGAGCUGCCGGCGACGGCGCAGCCGCCGGCGGAGGCGGCGCAGCUGCUGCCGAAGGAGGCGCCGCCGUCGCCGCCGUCGUUGUUAGACAACCGGCUCAAUAUGUACACACCGACAUUCUUGCGUGAUUUUGUUUGUAAAAUUGUAAUGUGGAAGAUUCAAUUUUUGUAAUAAAAUUUGAAUUUGGA